CCUAACCUAACCAUGGUUACUCUUAACUCGUCUUCUCUCAAUUAUUAGCCUCUUCUAUAUAUGCGUCCGUGUUGCUUAGCCUUUAUUGCUUCCUCGACCACUAUUCUUUAAUUCUUUCCUUUCUUUUUCUUGUUAUCAAAGAAAACCCAUCUUCCUUGUCCCUGCUAUUUAACCGUAUAUAUAUCUGAAUUUCAUGUUCCGGUACCGGAAAAUCUUUUCACUAUGAGCUGUAAUGGGUGUCGAAUCCUCCGAAAGGGCUGCAGUGAUGAUUGCAUGCUUCGACAAUGUCUCCAGGGAAUAGACGAUCCUCAGGCUCAGGCGAAUGCCACCGUCUUUGUUGCCAAGUUCUUCGGCCGUGCCGGCCUCAUAUCCUUCAUCUCCUCCGUGCCUGUACACCAGCGUCCCUCAUUGUUUCAAUCGCUUUUGUUUGAGGCUGUUGGGCGAACGGUGAAUCCAGUGAGUGGAGCAGUAGGGCUUCUCUGGACCGGUAACUGGCACGUUUGCCAGACGGCGGUGAUGACGGUGCUCCGUGGCGGUGCAAUAGAACCUAUGUUAGACUUUGAUGGUAGGAUGUUAGGACAGAACUUAGAUAACUUCUCAGAAUGUUCUAAGUUUAAGCCAAGGAAUGUGAGUUCAGGAUCGAAGACAACAAGAACAACAACUUUAAAGAUGAAGAGGUCUGGUGAUGAUGAUGAUGAAAGUAAAUGUGAACUGACAAAUCUUGACCUGUGUUUGAUGUACCCGACGGAGAAGAAGUUGCGGGCGACGACGCCAUCGGAGGAGGAGUCUGAAACUACAACGCUGGUUAGUGGUGGUUCUACGUCUGCAGGGACUAAUUGCAGUUUACAGGGAGGUGAAAGAAAGCUUUGGCCAUUAUUUAUAUGAUUUUUGUUUUUUUUUUUUAAAAAAAAUUAAAGCAUAGAAGAGAAAUUUUCAUAUUACUUAAUGCAUAAUUUCAUAAUAGAAGGAUUAAGAAUUGUAAUUUUUGUUAUUACGUAAUGGAUAAUUGCAUGCUGAGAAGAUUAAUCAAUCAUGCAUGCCUCUUGCCUCUUGCCUC